AUGGGUGGAUGUCUGAGCGGCAUGAGACGCUCGAAAAAGCCUGAAAGUCUCGAUGACUUUGCAAAAAUUCCCGUGAGCACCCGUGUGAAUACUUGGCUGACUGAUAACGAGUUAGUCGAAGAGCCGGUCCUUCAAUCGCAUUACAGUUUGAGCGACUUGCGACGAGCUUGUGAGGCAGGCGGAGAGCCACAAAGAGCAAAGGUUCAACCAACUCAGCCAGUUCAACAACAUCUUCAAUCAUCGAUUCCUCCCGUGAAAGUUCACGAUCAAAAUCAGGGUUGGCAAAACGCAGUGAUUCAUGCUGAGAUCGAGCCUCAACAAUUUCGUGGUUGUGUCGACGAUCGACUCUGUGUGAGCCGAAGUCCGAGUGGGACAGCCCAUUACUAUCUGGGGAACAAUUCUGCGAAUGGAGAAGAUGCUCAAAUCGCGUCACCGCUCAAUGACAGAUUCGACGGUGCUCAGAUUGAGGCCGAAACGGGAAAACCCAUUUCAGCUGGGGGUGAUUCUCAAUUGGCUGAUUAUGUCUCCGCAAAUGAGCAAUUCGAUUUGAGUCCCACGCGACGCGAUUUCACUCCACCGGACAUUGAUCAAAGUGCUCACGAAUAUCAUUCAAUUGUCGAUAGACCAUCGCAUGAGUUCUUGCUUGUUUUGAAUGAGACUUCACCUCAUGUCAACACAAGCAACGAUGGUAUUGCUCUUGUCGAUGAAGACAACAACAGUCUCAAUCUCGGGAUCGUCACUUCUCCAGAAUCCGAUUUCAAUCUUGAUCAUAGGGCUUCGCUUCCAAUUGUGCCCUCGUUUGACCACAAUAAUUUUGUGGAGAAGCACAAUCUGUUGCCUCAAACACCAAAAUUUAGAAGUUUCAGUGACGAAUGCCGUCGACUCUGUCCAAUGCCUACACCAAUUCGAACUAAUAUGAUUUCUCCAUCUUGCUAUGAGAAGGUGGCUGACGAAAAUGGACGAGUUUUGGCAACAAAUUCGCAGUUUCGUCAGUUUCUUGAAGAAACGAAGGCGCAAAAUGGUGCUUCUUAU